GUGCUGCCACCGCACCCGCCAUGCUGUCUCGGGGCCAGCCUCACCCGGGCCCCCGGUACGUGGGCCUGUGGGACUUCGAGGCCCGGACAGACCAGGAGCUGAGCUUCCGGGCGGGGGACCUGCUGCGCGUGGCCAGGCAUGAGGAGGAGUGGUGCUGGGCGGUGCGGCUGGACGAGGCGGGCAGGGCCCUGGCGGAGGGCUACGUGCCCCACAGCUACCUGGCCGAGGAGGAGACGGUGGAGUCUGAGCCGUGGUUUUUCGGCCGCAUCUCCCGCUCCGAGGCCCUGCACAGGCUGCAGGCGGAGGGUGGCUCAGCAGGGACUUUCCUGGUCAGGGUCAGCGAGAAGCCGGGCGCCGACUAUGUCCUCUCAGUGUGGGACGGCCAGGCUGUGCGACACUACAGGAUCUGGAGGCGUGCUGGCCGGCUGCACCUCAACCAGGCCGUGUCCUUCCCCAGCCUGUCCGAGCUGCUGGACCACCACACCGCCCAGAGCCUGUCCCAUGGCCUCCGGCUCACUGUGCCCUGCAGGAAGCACGAGCCCCAGCCCCUGCCCCACUAUGACGACUGGGAGCGGCCGCGGGAGGAGUUCACGCUCUGCCGGAAGCUGGGGUCCGGCUACUUCGGGGAGGUCUUCGAAGGGCUCUGGAAGGACCAGGUCCGAGUGGCUAUCAAGGUGAUUGCUCGAGAUGACCUCCUGCACCAGCACACCUUCCAGGCGGAGAUUCGGGCCAUGAAGCAGCUUCGGCACAAGCACAUCCUGCCGCUGUACGCCGUGGUGUCCGUGGGGGACCCCGUGUACAUCGUCACGGAGCUCAUGCCCAAGGGGGGCCUGCUGGAGCUGCUGCGAGACUCUGACGAGAAAACGCUGCCCGUUUCGGAGCUGGUGGACCUGGCGGCCCAGGUGGCCGAGGGCAUGUGCUACCUGGAGUCACAGAAUUACAUCCACCGGGACCUGGCCGCCAGGAACAUCUUUGUGGGGGAAAACAACAUCUGCAAAGUCGGGGACUUUGGGCUGGCCAGGCUCAUCAAGGAGGACAUCUACCUUUCCCAUGACCGCAACAUUCCCUACAAGUGGACUGCCCCGGAGGCCCUCUCCCGGGGGCUCUACUCCAUCAAGUCGGACAUCUGGUCCUUCGGGAUCCUCCUCCAUGAGAUUUUCAGCAGGGGUCAGAUACCCUAUGCAGGCAUGUCCAACCACGAGGCCUUCCUGAGGGUGGACUCCGGCUACCGCAUGCCCUGUCCCCCCGAGAGCCCGCCCACUGCCUACAGGCUGAUGCUGUCGUGCUGGCACAGGGACCCCGGGCAGAGGCCUUGCUUCAAAGCUCUGCGGGAGAAGCUCUCCAGCGUCACCAGGCUGCCCCACUCCUGACCAACAGACCUGAGCCAAUCUCUGCUGGCCACUGAAGGUGUGUGGACACACAGUAAAGCAGCCAUGCCCGCCCACGGAGGCUGGCAGAGGAUGACACGGCCAUACCUUCCUAAGGUCCUGGGUUGGAGUUUGUCCAAAGCCAGGUCACCUGUGCUGGGAAGGCCCCUCGUGAAUGGCCCCACACCACUUAUGAUUCAGUCUUAGCUUUGGUCCCCAACUCUGGGGGACGCGACCCAGGACGUGUCCUACGACAGGGUAGGAGACAAUACCCGCACGGGAAGGCUCCUGGAGAGAGCACGGCCCCACGAGGUGCACCACACCAGCUGGGACAGCUCUGGUACUGGCCCCUCGCUGCCCUCCAGGGUGGCCAGGGCAGGGGGGCUUUCCCAAGGUCCUUCUAGGGCACCAGGUCCCUCCAGCUGAUGGCCCCCAAACCCACAGGCAGGGCCAGGGCCCCAGUGGCUGCCCCGGAGGCUUCUUGUCCAACUCAACUGCCUGCUCUACCAGGAAGCCCGUCCCUUCUCAGGUGCCAAGGCUCCACACUCGCUGUAGCAGCUUGACCAUGUGAACCUGGGCCAGACCCAAGAGGUGGCUCCCCAGCGAGGGAACCCAGGAAGGCCCAACUCUCCACCCCUGCAGGAAGUGAGGUGGAAAAGUGUUCAGGUUUCUCCCACAGGGCCCUGGGGCACCCAGUUCACACACAUCCUCAGGGCUACUGGCUGCUUGGAGUUUAUUUUCCACUUGGUGCAAGGCACACGGUUACAGGGUGUCGGGGAGGCUUGCGUGUGGCUGGGACAGUAAAGAGUGGGGUUCUCUUAACUUCCUUUUUGGUGUUUUGUUAUUUUGAUAUAAAAGAAC